GUUCCGAAAUUAGGUGAGAAAGAAUGAAUUUCGGUUUAUUGGCACGUUUAAGGGGAAUUUAUUUCCUGAAGAAUUUUUUACGGUCUAACGAAUGGUUUUUCAAAAAUUAUCUCGAUGUUUACAGUACAGAGGUUAGGUUAGGAGAAGGCGUCGAAUGUCAUCUAAGGAGUCUUAUAUUUGAGUGAAAUAAAAAACGUCGAUAGGUAUGGAGGAGUGGAUACUUGUGUAGCUGCGUGGUAAACACGUGGAUACUAGAUAUGGAUGAGUUCUAAGAUGGCAUGGUAUAAGAUAAUUUGAGUGGAAUCUACCUAUGUCAUUUUGUGCUCGGCUCAAGCUCCUUGAACUAAACACCAGUCGACCGUUUUGGAUCUUGUCCAAUAUUCUUGGCAUGUAAGCGAUUUGCAUUCAAUCUUUGGCUGACACAUAGCAUUUACCGCAAAUGCUCACUUUUGAAAGCAUUUGAGAAAGAAUUUUUACUUGAACCGAGAUGGAGGAAAAUUCGGAAGCAUCGAUGCUCCGUUUUGACGAUAGCGGCGAUGAAACCUUAACCUCUCAAGAGGCGCUCCGAGAGAUGGAAGCAGCUUGGUUGAAUGAAAAGUUUGCUCCGGAAAUCUUGCCUCACCAGUCUGACCUCGUUGACUGCAUGUUGCAGCAGAUAAGUCACAUGGAGGAAAAUAUAAAGAAAUUAGACAAAAGCGAUCUAAGAGUAAUUAUCCACCGGAUGGAGCUCGAUAGGAUCCGAUAUCUCGUCUGUAAUUAUUUGAGGAUACGGUUGGAGAAGAUUGAGCGGUACGUGAUACAUAUUCUUUCUCAAGAGGCUCGAAGAAGCUCGGAGGACGGUUACCUGAAUUCCCGAGAGCUAAGAAUGGCCAAAGAGUAUUUGUCCCACUUGGAAACGCUCUUCAGGGGAGUGGCACUGCAGCACAUGCCAGCUAAUUUUCAAGAAUUCACUGUCAAAGACUUAACGGUUAUGCCGAAUAUGCAUAGUCACGUGUUCCUCAGAGCAGCUAAGAACAUCUCUGGAAUUAUUUUGACAGAGGCCAUGGAUGAAGAAAUUAAUUUUGAGGAAGGCUCGCAGCACAUUAUUCGAUAUGGGGCAGUGGCUGAUUUGGUGAAAAACAGGGAUGUGCAGUUAAUUUAGUUAACAUAACUUAUAUGGAUGGCUUUUCUAUGGCAAUCUCUAUUCGUGUAUACCGAUCUCUUGUAUAUUUUUGGAAAAUUGUUAUAUUGCAUCUACUACUUAUAAGUAGAUCCAAAUAAAUUUAAGCACAAGGUUUUUUCUACUAUA